AGAUCUGGUGAAGAAGAACCUGGGUAUUGCAAUAGGAGAUGGAACAUCAACCCCGAUCUGGAGCUCCCCUUGGUUAUCUCUAGAGAACCCGUUAGUGCCAAUGGGACCAGCUACCAUAUAAACAAUCGGCACACCAUCAGAACUGGAUCCUGUGUCCCGGCUCGAUUACCCCUUGUAGCGGAAGCUCUAGCGAUGAAAGCAGCAAUGGGGCAAGCGCUGGAUCUACACUUCGAGGAAGUAAUCUGCAGAUCCGAUUCAGCAAAACUGAUCAAAGCUCUCAAAGAAGAAGACGAGACACCUAAGGAAAUCUAUGGAACUGUUCAAGAUAUCAAAGCCCUUUCAAUUUCUUUUCAUGCAAUUGAUUUUGAGUUUACUUGA